AUGAGGAUUAAGCCAGACGUUUUCAACUCCUACUUUGUGGACUCAGUUAAGGCAGUUCGUGAUUCUAUAGGCACUCCAGAAGUAUCAGCCCAGCAGUUUCUGAAUGCUGUGCCCAAGCCUGAGGCAGCUUUCUCACUUCGACCAGUUUCAUGUGAGGAGGUGUUGGAAAUUGUAGGUGAAUUGAAGAGUUCAAAUAGUAGAGACUUUUUUGGCAUGUCAGUGAAUCUGAUCAAGAGUGUCAUUAUGCAAAUCCUUAUACCCCUGAACUCCUGCCUGAAUGCAUGCAUCACAGAGGGUGUCUUCCCUACUGUUCUGAAGAUCGCUAAGACCAUUCCAGUGCAUAAGAAGGGAUCAUUCGAUAUGGCUGGUAAUUUCAGGCCUAUCUCUAUCCUGCCAGUCUUCUCAAAAAUUCUAGAAUCCAUCAUUAAGAAGCAGUUAUGCUGGUACUUGAGAGCACUGGUUUGUUUGUAG